GGUUUGUAUAGGGUUACGGACAAAAGAAACGUGUUAGAUACAAAAAGGAGGUGUAUGGCAGGGAUGUAAGGAAGAGGAAAUUGGGGUUGACUUUGGCAAAAAAAAGCACCGGAGAAAUAGUAGUCCUAGUCCCCAAACUGGGGCUGGGGUUGUUUUUUUUGUAUGUUGCUUGUCUGGGCAGUUAGUUACAACUUCCAACCUGGAUUUGGAAACUCAAUCACAACUUUAUUAUGAUCAAUUUAACCGCUUUCUUCUUCUUUUGGCGGGCAUUGUUGAGCCAUUGAAUUGAAUUUCCCAAUUAUAUGAUCUGGGUUUCAUCUACAUUUUCAUUCAUAUAUUUAGGGUUGGUUGAUUUGAUCGAUUAUUUGGAAUUCAGAAAUGGCGUAUAGAAGGAGAGCUGGGGGUAUAAGCAGGUCUACCACUUUCAAGGAAUACCCAGAAGAAGAAUUUGAUCAUGAUCAUAACAAUAGAACCAAUUCUUUUAAAUUGAAAAAAGAUAAAGAUGAUGAUGAUGAUGAUGAUUCUGCUGGAUCCUUGGCUGCCAGAGCCACCCGAGCCUCCGCCGCGCAUCGCGAUUCUUCCGGCUAUGGUUCUGCUUAUGCGUCUCCCUCCGCUGCCGCUGCCGCCACCGCCACCGCUGAACCUCCUCCUUCUCUCUCUCUUCGUAAUUCUCCACAAUUCCGAUCCAUUUCCUUUUCAAAGGGAUCCGAGAGCAGUUCAGUGAAAGACUCAGAAGACCCUAAAGAUGGAUUUUGGGGUAUCUUAGCCAGGAAGGCCAAAUCAAUUCUUGAUGAAGAGGAUAAGCAAUUUCAGUCUUCUACUAAGAUUAAGUCACAACUUCAUGAUGAGGAUAAUCAGACUGGCUCAAAGAUUGAUAAUGCUCGAUUGAGGAAGCGCAUCGAUGCCAUUACUUCUUCCCUUAAUACCCUUGGUGAUACCCUUGGCAAUGCUUUUGAGGAAGGUCUUUCAAUCAUGGAGCACAAGACUGCUGAUAUUAUUCAAGAAACUCGCAGUAGGACAGCUGAUUUCAUCCAAGAAACACGCAAACUCCAACUUCGUAGAAGAGGAGGCACUACUUCAGAUACUCCUGAUCAGGCAACUGUUGUGCACAACACUUCAUGGCAGCGACCAGUUCUUCAGCCUGUGCAGACAAGUUCACUAACCAAUCAAGAAACGCAACUCAAGGCUUCUCGCGACGUUGCAAUGGCUACUGCUGCCAAAGCAAAAGUUCUUCUGCGGGAGCUUAAAACCGUGAAAGCUGAUUUAGCCUUUGCAAAGGAGCGUUGUGCACAACUAGAAGAAGAAAAUAAGAGACUUCGAGAGAAUCGAGAGAAAGGAGACAACCCUGCUGAUGAUGAUCUGAUACGUCUACAGCUGGAAACUCUUUUAGCUGAGAAGGCUCGUCUAGCCCAUGAAAACUCUGUAUAUGCACGUGAAAAUCGGUUUCUCAGAGAGAUUGUUGAAUACCACCAACUGACAAUGCAAGAUGUUGUCUAUUUGGAUGAAGGUGCUGAAGAAGUCACAGAAGUUUACCCAUUCUCUAUUGAUGAGGCCAAGGUGCUGUCGAGUACCCCAACAUCACCAAUAUCCCCAAGUUUUCUUCCAGAAGUUUCUUCCCUUGACUUUCCAGAGGACCACACAAAGGAAAUUCCUAAAGAGGUAUCUGACAUCACUUCAUCAUUACUCAUAUCUCCAUCUUCACCUCCUAAGAUUUGCCCUACCAACUACUCACCCGAAAGGACAGAAUCCUCAGAAGUUCCAACUUCACAAUUAGUGGUGUCUGAUGGAGAAAUAAAAGUUUCCUGUUAUGGUGAACCACAAAUUGCUACAGAUGAAGCUCUCCACAGACCUCCGGCUUCAUCUCCUUAAUAAUAAACUGCCCCGUUCUGUCACGAUGCCUUUGGGUAGCCAAUAGGCCAUAGCUGUUGCACUUUUUGCUAUUAUUGUCCCUACCCCUUUUCAUUUUUUUCUUGAUCAAUUCUUUUGGGAGGUAUUGCCUGGGUCAACAAUUUCCCACUUUGUUAAAUAAUGUAUCUAAUCUUAUUUUGGCUUAUAUAAUGCUCUCCAACAUGGCUAGAACUCUUCAGUUUUUGUAAGGGAGAAGUUCAAAAGCUUGAUUAUAAUUUUGCACAGCUUGUUUAAAGCUUUCUCGGUUUCUCCUGUCUCCUCUAGUUGAGUUGAAUGGAAACUAAACCCCUCUGACCUUUUUGGUAUUUUUAUCGUGUUUUUUGUAUUUCAUGGAAGCAACUUUUUUGACAAUUUCCUCUAGUAAUUGGUACAAUUGUAAAACUAAUAGCUACAAUGGUGCAUUGUUGUUUUAGCAUUAUCUUCGGCAA